CGCUCCAACCGCGGCGGACCCGGCCCGGCUAUGGCGGCCGAGGAAGAGGAGGGCGACUUGGAGUGGGUGGUGGACACCAUCGCCGGGUUCCUGCGGGGGCCCGCCUGGUCCAUCCCCAUCCUGGAGUUCAUGGAGCAGAAGUGCGACGUUUUUGAUGAUGAAGAAGAAAGCAAGUUGUCUUACACAGAAAUCUAUCAGGAGUACCAAGCUCUGGUUGAAAAAUUAUUAGAAGACUAUCUUAAAGAAGUGGGAAUUAAUGAAGAGAAAUUUCAAGCAGCUUUUUCAUCUCCUCUUGCAAAGACACAUACUUCCCAGGCCAUCCUGCAAACAGUGUUGGCAGCAGAAGAUUUUAGACUGUUUAAAAAAAUGAUGGUGCAGAAAAAUAUUGAAAUGCAAUUGCAAGCUCUUCGAAUCAUUAAAGAAAGGAAUGGUGUCUUGCCUGACUGCUUGACGGAGGGUUCUGAUGUAUUCAGUGAAAUUGAGCAAGAAGAAAUGAAAAUACUGAGGGAGGUUCUAAGAAAAUCUAAGGAAGAAUAUGAACUAGAGCAAGAAAGAAAGAGGACUGAAGAAGCACGUGAUAGAACGAAGUCACCAGCUGUUACCUGCAGUGUUCCAGGAGAUUCGAGGGAAGCUGUUAAAUCCAAGGAAGCCAGCGAGGGAGCUCCCAAUCCUGAAGAAAUCCCAAGACCUCGAUUAGAGGAAUCUCAGAAACCCGUGAAGGAAGACUUAAAACCCGUCCGCCCAUCACCCAAAGGAGCAGAAAGCUCACCUCAGCCAUGUGGCACCAAAGGGAAAGGCGACAGUAAGAAAAGGUCAGCUGGAAAGUGUCCCGAAAAUGCAGCACAAAAAGCUGGGAUGAAAGGACCUGGUUCCUCAGAGGUUGAAAAGCAGGAGUUGAAGCAACGCGAGGACUACCUGAAGAAAAAACGAGACAUGCUGAUGGCUACAAAGAAAGAGUCAAGAAACAACGUACUGUUACCAACAGACACUGCACAGAAAGAAGAGGAAUCACCUCCUAAAGAGGAGAUGUCAGAAGAGAAACAGAAGUUGCUCCAGAAGAGGAAGAUGCUGGCAGAAAAGCUAAAGGAAGAAGUUAUCAAUAAGCGGUAAUUUUAAGCAGCUCGUGGCAGACCCCAAGAACAUGAGUAUGUUUUUAGAGUAAGUUACAGACCCAGCAACUGAAUGGAGUUGCUUUUCAGCAUUACACUUAGUUUUCUAGAACUUGCAGACGGGCAACUCAGUACUUUGUAUGUAUUUAAAAUUACACCGAAAUACACUAAAACCACUUCUUUUCCAGAAUGCUGGAAACUCACUUUCACUGGAACAUGUUCAGCCGUUCAGUAUCACUGCAACACACAGAUCAGUUUCUAAACUACUGGCCUCAGACUUCGGUAUUCCAUAGAGCAAAAGCGGAUCCUGAGAUCUGUUCAAGUAAUUCCUACAGGAACAGCUCUGAGUUAGGAACGUUUCAAUUCUAAAAUGAUAGAAUUUGGUUCCUUUUAUUCGCAUCUAGAAUCAUAGAAUGGUUUGCCUUGGAAAGGACCUUAAAGAUCAUCCAGUUCUUCCCCUGCCCUGGGCAGGAACACCUCACACUAGACCAAAUCACCCAAGGCUCUGUCCAAAACUGUUUUUCAUCUGCACGAUGUAAUAAAGUCCCAUUUAACAAGGAAAUGCAACUACAACCAUCUUAUUCUUAAUGAAGGUAACACUUGGAGUCCAGGCAUUUACAUAGUAACUCAGGAUUCCAUUGGCUUAUGUAUUUUGGGGGCAGUUUACCAGUCUUUAGUUCUAAUUUUGCUAUAAAUGCAACUAAUUGCUUUAGUUGCACGGCUCAGGAAGGUUUCAAAGUGGAAAUCCUUUAAAGUUAACUCUUUAUAGUGGUUUGGCAUUGACAGACUUGGGACAAUACCCUUUGCACAAUGGCACAGAAUCACAGACUGGUUUGGGUUGGAAAGGACCUUGAGAUCAUCCAGUUCCAACUCUCUGUCACGAGCAGGGACACCCUCCACUAGACCAGGCUGCUCAAGGCCACGUCCAACCGCAUCAUUGCAUAGUUGGCUGCAACACUUAACACGCAUUAAAAGAACAAACCGAAACACUUCAUAUUUCAUGUAACUUUUUAUUAAAAUAGCAUUUAUAACUGGUA